AUGAAUACCGAUUGGAUGGGGAGCGCUGUGUGUUGGUAUGGCUCCCUGGUGAUAUCCCCUUUGCUUUUGCAUACCUCAAACAGGAAGAUAACCAAUGCUAUGUUACUACCAGCUGGCGGCGGCGCAUACUAUUUCGCCAAACGUUCUAUAAACGCCGACCGAUUGACGAGAUUUGACGCUACUCAGAAACGCAAAGAUGAAAUGGCUAAAGCUGAAGCUUCAGCACGGGCGGCGGCUGAACAGUCAAAGACGACGAUUUCCCGAGCAGGGCAGUUAAACAGCGGAUCGCAAAAGGACGAUGCAUAUAGUCCGAGUGACGAAUUAGGCCAUGACCCAGCCCCUACGAGACAUGAGCCGGAAACCGAUGCGCAGCGUCUAGCUGAGAAAGGGAAAUACGAAGCCGCUGAGGUAUUUAGAUCGAGGAAGGGUGACCGUUUCAGUUGA